UAAUGUAUAGCGGUAAAUACAUAUCUUACGAUAAUAAAUGGUUAAGUCCUUUAAAAUUAAUUGAAUCUAAACAAAUAUAUGCAGUUUUACCUUCAUCUCAAUCAGCAACUUAUCAGGCCCAUAUAAAUAAACCAAAAAAUGAUAAAACAACAGAAGGUAAAAUCACUGAAUCAGAUGACUUCACUACCGAGGAAGAGUUAUCAAACCAAAAAUCGUAUCGGAAAACCAAUAAUAUGCAGAAAUUACUUAGAGAAAACGGAAAAACUUUGAAUAAUAAUCCAAUUAAUGAUAUCGAGCUACCAAUGAAUUUUGAAUUAUCAAUUAAUGCAUCCCAUUUUAAGGAAGGUGUAAAAAGUGAGCCUAAUUUAAAUUCAUCGAGUCAUUAUGAUAAUUCGGAGGAAUCAUUAAAUUCAUAUUCAACAAGUGAUAAUAAAUUCAAUUACAAAAAAAAAAGCAAAGAUACCCAAACAAGUAAGAAAGAAAUUAUAGGACCAUCCAAGAGAAAAAUACUAAUAUCAAAUAAAACAUCUGAUGAGAUAUUUGAAUUACCAGAUGAAUAUUAUGAUUUUAUUUACAGAGAUGGGCAGUAUAAUGAACAUAUAAAAGCCCCCAAAGAUAAAAGACAUAAAUUAAAUAGAAACCUUAAUGACACCAAUGAAAAUAAGGAAGAUAUGCUGUACAAAAUCAAAAAAGAUGGGAAUGCGAAUUUUAAAAAUGAGCAGGAGAAAAUAUUGGUAUUAUUGAAUAAAAUGCAACUUGAUUCUUUCGAUAAAACAAUGGCCUUAGAGAUUUUGGGAGAAAGAUUUUUACACACUAUUGCGAAAGCACAUUAUAAUGACAGGCAAAAUAUUAAGCAUAUUUUCAUGAAAAAUUUCAAUAUCAAUAUAAUUUCAGAACUGAAAUCAAAAUUUUCCGAUGAUUAUUCUCCAGUAAUAGACAUGUUACUUGAAUCUCGUGAGAAAUUCGUUACUGAUAUAUUAGCAAUAGCUAUGAGUAAAAACGAUAGCGUCCAAAUGAUUGAAAUUUAUGCUUUUCAUAAUAAAGAGGUUUUAAAAGAUGUCGAAUUAUUUUGGAAACAAAAAUAUAAAUCAGAUUUAUUUGAAGCCAUAAACAAAAAAUUGCCCGAUAAACUUUGCAGUUUACUCGAAAUAUUAUAUAAAAAAGAUAUGGUAAAUGAAAAACCUUAUAAAAAUCUUGAACUCAUACGAGAGGCGUCGAAAUUUAAAGAGAUAUUAGAAAACCAAUCUGAAGAUACGGAAAAAUACAUUUAUAAAACACUCCAAAAACAUUCGUUAUCUUAUUUGACGUUGAUUUUGGGGAAAAUUUAUAAAAUGCAUGGAAUGUCUCUCUUUCAAAAAGUGAGGGAGGAUAGAUAUUUAAAUGAUCAUCUGAAAAAUCUAGUGGAACUCAUAUUAAAUGAACACGCCUACUAUGUUCGCCAUUUGCAAAAAGGUAUCAUAAGCAGUGAUAAAAAUUUUCGAUAUUUUAUGCACGAAAGAGUUGAAGAUAAUAUGAAAAUAAUUUUACAAGAAUAUAAAAAGAUUUAUAAAAAAGAUCUUAAACAAGACAUUAAGGAAUAUACCAGUGAAAACAUAUCAAAAAUUCUCGCAUUCUUUAUUAAUAAAGGACAGUAUAAAAACGAGAAUGUUAAAGAUUUUGUUAUAGAUUAUGACAAUUAUUUUGAUAAUGAUAAAAAUGAUACCAUGGAUAAGAAAUCUUUAAAUUUUGAAGAAUUGGAUAUCGAACAUUUAUUAAUUGACGAAAAAAAUCAAUCUGUGCUUAUUCAUACUGUUAGUCAAUAUGGGACAAUAUAUCCAGCUAAAAAUUUUAAACCUGAAUUAGAUGCACGAAUAAUAGAACAUACCUUAGAUAGUAAAAUCAAAAAUAAAGGAAAAAUCUUGGUGAACAUAAUUUGUAAAAGGUCAAACUUGCAAAGGAUCAAAAUAAGAAGAGAAUAUAGGAGAAUCUACUUAAAAUUCCAUUUUAAUUUGUAUAAGGAUUUAAAUAGAGACAUAAAAGCGGAAAUAUCUGGAAAUGUUGAAGAAUUGAUUACCUCAUUGAUUCUAUCUCCUGGAAUGCAAGACUCUCAUUAUAUUAGAAAUUCUUUCAAUGAUGAAAUUGGAAUUAAUUUUGAUUUGCUAAAUUGUAUUAUUUGUUCGCGCACAUUUCAGGAAAUGGAAGAUCUAAAGAAUUGCUAUCACAAAUUGGAAGAUAUCCCUCUAAUAGAUAUGGUUAGUCGCAAAUGUUCCAAAAGUUAUAAAACCUUAAUAACUAAGCUAAUUCAAAAUAACAGAAGAAUGGAAGAGAACAAUGAUUUAAAAAAUCAUGAAAGUGUUGUUAAUGAUGUGCAAUUAUUAAUAAAGAUUUCCAAAACUAGCAACGAUGAAUUCUUAAUCAAUUUUUUUUGUCAUAAAAGUAUUCAGCAAAUCUUAGCAGUCAUUGAAGAAUUUAAAAAGGUAACAAAUUAUGACCUGUCAGAAAUGAUUGAUCAGAAUGUAACUGGGCAGUUUAAAUAUGCCUUAUUAACAUUAGGUUGGUUUAUCGUAGAUCCAAUAGAAUAUUUUUGUGAUCAACUUUAUAGAGCCAUUCAAAAUAUUGGAAAUUAUUAUCACCUAAUUAAUUGGAUAUUAUUAAGCAGAUCUGAAAUCGAUCUUGAAAAAAUAAAAUUAAGGUAUAAAGAUUUAUAUGGCCCUUUAGUGGAUCCUUUUAGCAGUGAUGCAAACAAUGAAGAUCAUUAUAUUAUAUCGCAAAUCAUACGAGGAAACAAAAGCUUUAAUGUAUACAAACCAAUUCUCAGGAUGAAGAAUUACACAAAAAAUAGGAAACUAUCAUUGAUUACCAACGACGAUACUAAAAUGUCAAAAUUUGCCGAAGAUAUUAUUCUAGCUAUCCAAUAUGAAGAUGAUAUCUCAAUUAUAGAAAUAUUAACUGGCCUCAAUAUAUCCGAACGCCAAUAUUUAAUGUAUAAAUAUCAAAUAAAACAAAAACAGAAUUUAAGAGAUGUGAUUAACUCUUCAAAAAGCCCUCUAAAGGAUGUAUAUAUUCAAUUAUUAUUAACACAGUCACAAUUGGAUUCUUACAUUUUACAUCAAAAAUUAACACAUGAUAGUAAUGUUGAAAUAAUUUGUGAAAUCCUCUAUAUGAAAACUGCAAGGGAAUAUGAAAACAUGAAGGAUUCUUUUAAAUAUGAAUAUGAUCAAAAUAUGCAUGAAUUUAUUAGUACGGAAUCUCCAAAAGAUUUAUUAUAUUUUUAUCAAGCCAUUUGCAAAUAUUCAAGAAAUCUUAAAGAUAAGCCGAAUAUAACGAAAGCGACAGAAAUUGCCACACAUUUAACUCAAGCAAAUAAAUUUGAAAGUGAACUCAUGCAUUUAUUAACUGAUAGCAAAGGUGGAAAAAACCAAAUUAUCGCAACUUUUCAGAUUAUUGAAAAGUUGAUGCUUGAAGAUGCCUAUAUUUAUAUCAGUAAAAGAACUAAGGGAAAAAUUAGAAAAUCUUUAACAAAUAUGGUUAAAUGGACUCUGAAUCCAAUGGAAUAUUUUCUUGAAAAAUUACGAAAAGAUUUAUAUUUUUCUCAAAAUGGGGAAAAUGAGCUUGUUAGGACAUUGAUAACCCGGCGGGAGCUUGAUGAUUUUUCAUACCUGAAGGCCAGCUACGAAACAACAUUCAAAAUAUCGUUGGAAGAUGAUAUAAAUCAACAAAUUAAAAAUAUUUUAUGGAAGAAAUUACUAAUAUCAUUAUCUAAAUUGAAGCCUAAUUUGCUUUAAACGUCAUUUAAUGUUAAUCAACGUAUCCUUCUAUUCAAUAAAUUAUAUUUAUUAUUAUAUAUAAUAUGUAUAUCUAUAAUUUAUAUUAACUCGCUCCAUAUAUA